AUGGCCGUUACUUAUCAGUUCAGUUCUGCAAACAGUAUAAUAACUAAUAUUGAAACUGAUCAUAAUGGUAUCAAGCUUGAGCUUGAGGGUAGUCGUACAAUUCGUCGAAGCCUUGGAAAUUUUUUUCUGACAGAUAUAUCUUAUCAAGAAUUAUCAAUAGAUACUAGCAUCCAGAAAGGUAGAACCAAUACGCUUGAUAUCGUUACAUUGCUCAUAUGCACUACGAUGGAAAGUGUUAAUGUGAGAAUCCCUUCCAGGAUUAUCAGGUAUUUGAAGCCGAAAGUAUGGAGGGUACUCUUUUUUCUUCCUUCAUUCUUCUCUUUUAUUGCUAUAUCUGAUUGCAAUAUUAUCAUGGCUAACUUCAACUUAAUUAAUCAAGCAGCUAUUGAUACACCUUCGUCAAGCGAGAUCCUUGGAUCUCUUAGUGGUUGUCGGAAUAAACUGUUGGCUCCAAUAAGUACCAACUUUACUGCAUCAGUAGAUCCAACACAAUUGGAAGUUGCUAUACAAUACCUGCAAAAUAUACAAGCGGUGCUAUCAAUUGUUUUACCGUCACUUCUCAAUCUUUCCUACAACAACUCUAUAAGGAAACAGGAAAUGCCUGUGCCAUCAAUUGUUAUUACCCUAUCACUACCACCCAUUGAUAUCCCUACUUUCAGCUUUUCGUCCGUGGAAUUCCCUUUAAUUACGUUUGGGCCCUUUGUAACUAGUGCGACCACCAAAGCAAUCACUACUACGACAGUUCAGCGACCUGUUACCACUUCUAAUCCCGGUGAUGAUGGAAGUGAAUUCGAUUGCCCGAUGUAG